UCCGCCAUAGAUUAUAGAAAGAAAGCCGUCAAUGUCAAACUGACGUCCAAUGAAAUCCGACCGCGCAAAUUACGGAUUUCGUAUCGAUUUUCACUGCCGUAAAUAUUAAAACUUGACCUGUUAUAGCAUUCCAAGUUCCUUUACUACCCUCGCCUCGAUGUCAACACAAUCGAAAACAAAAGCCAUGCCUCUAUUAGACUUGAAAAUGUACGUGCGAGUGGUGGCCGCAGUGUUCUCUAUUUCGUCUUCGACCGCGUUUGUGAUGGCCCUGCUUCGGUUAUUGAAGCCGGAAUUAUUCUAUUUGGAGCCAUUAUUCAGUAGCGAUUUGGGAGUUCACUAUUUCAUCUCCGGCCUAAUGAUAGUGACAAGCGCCAUAGGCUUCCUGAACAGCUGUAUCGUCAUGAACCGGAGCACAGCCCUGAACACCGGCCGGAACAUUACGACGUGGUUGCUGCUGGAUUCACUGUUUGAGACCAGCCGGGUGGUGUAUGUUUUUGUGUGCGAGGUUGUGCUGAAAGGGAAGGGUCCGAUACAGUUGUAUGAUUUGCUGAUCAGCGCUGCGCAAUAUUUGCUGGAUAGCUUCCUCUACUGCCAAAUGAUACUCAGACACUAGUACAUGUGGAAAACUCGUAGAUUUAAAUUAUUCAUAUAGCACUAUAUAGAUCCAAGAUUUAUAGCAUUUAGUGAAAAUCUUCCAAAGAAUAUUCUAGGCUACAUAGUUGAUUAUUUUCUCAAAAUUAUGAUCUUGAUAGUGUAAGAUAUGUAUUUUUCUAGAAGGAAAAUACAAAGAUGUUUGAUAUUUAAGGAAAGCCACGGUUGAAGAAUUUUAUUUGUGAGCCAUUGAAGAGAUUUAAAAAUAAACCGGACAAGUGCGAGUCGGACUCGCCCACCGGGUUCCGUACUUUUUAGUAUUUGUUGUUAUAGCGGCAACAGAAAUACAUCAUCUGUGAAAAUUCAACUGUCUAGCUAUCACGGUUCGUGAGAUACAGCCUGGUGACAGACGGACGGACGGACAGCGGAGUCUUAGUAAUAG